AUGGCUAAAUCAAAGGGCAAGAGGAAGCAGCAAAGUCUGCCUAUUGAGCAAAAUAUCAAGAAAGUCAAGACUACAAGUAUUAUCACUCCACCUCCGGAGCUUUCGACUGAACCUAAGACUCUUCACGACCUUCUAAUCGCCGAGGAAGAUAUCGAAAUAUCCGUUGACACCCUUAAAAUAUUAGCGCAGAAUCCUGCUCUGAUAAAAUCGAAGGCAUGCAAGGAAUUGCGGACUGCGGUUUUCGACUUCCGAAAUGCUUGCACAACAGGCUUCAAUGCGUCUAUCGACACAAACCCCACGGCUCGCAUUAGCGGCGCUCUCGCAGAUGAAGGCUAUACAGAAGCUAGAAUUCUACUUGCGGAGAUGCGAAUUCGAGGGCAAAAGCCCAAGCUAGGUGCGCUCUGCCGAUGGGUUCGGGAUUUAGACGUUGUGAGUGGUUUAGCAGAGCAACUUGACGAGACCGCAGCCAAGCGAACGGCGAGAGAGGAGCAAUUAUUGGUUGUGCUAGAUGCGAUACUUCGAGUCACAGGCCCAGUGGACUAUUCGAUUGAGGAUGGUGUAGACACAAAUGGUCCCAUUGUACCAAGAAAAGCAUGGAACUUAAGGGAUGAGUCAAUACCGCGCAAGCAGACCUACAAUUCGGUUCUCGACGGUAGCAUAUUCAAUCACUUGCCAAAAGAUAUCAAGUCUCGAUUCCGAGUCAUAGAAACAACACCAGGAUUGGAGCGCAAGCCAGCAAACCUCCAUCCGGCGAUCCUCUGGACAUCACAGGACAAUGCCAUUGCCUUUUCUGAUACUCCUCCAAAGACAACUCACCAUACACAUCCAAUUGUGCCAAAUCUACAUCUACUUAAGGAUAUUUUGAGCCCAGAAGAAUGCAUUCGAAUCAUUGCUGCUGGCGAGACAGUGGGAUUUACACCAGAUGCCCCAAUACGCGAGGAAGGUGAGGAGAAUAGUAUCUUGGCUCACAACUUUUAUUGGGUUGUGGAUAAUGCUUUAUGCGAUGGAUUGUGGAACAGAGUUAAAGAGUUUGUUCCAACGCAAGUCAAUGGAAAACAGGUAAGAGGUCUGAACAGAAGAUUUCGUGUAUACCGCUACGUUCCUGGUGCGGAAUAUCGUGCCCAUAUUGAUGGUGCUUGGCCCCCUUCCGGAAUUGACCCCACGAAUGAUAAAUACAUCUAUGACUCCUCUCCACCUGAAGCAAAGCAGUCUUCAUUAUUCACAUUCUUGAUAUAUCUGAACGAUGAGUUUGACGCUGGAGAGACAACUUAUUUCCUUCCAAGCGCCAAAGAAGGUAGCAUGAAUGCGUAUUCAAUAAAGCCGAUUCAAGGUAGUGUGGCAAUGUUUCCGCAUGGUGAAACUGAGGGUAGUCUACUUCACGAAGGCACCGGUGUUAAACGAAGCUCGAGUGCUUCAGCAAAGUACGUCAUCCGAACUGACGUUUUAUACGAUGUCGAUAGCAGAUGA